AUGGCCAAAACUGAACGUCCCUGUUUAAUCUGGCCAUGCUGCUCAAAGUGCUGUUACUUAACUUGUCACAGCAGAAGUGAAGGAUGCUGUUUGUGUUGGCGCUUCUUAUUUACCAAUGAGCGGAACUGCAGCUGUUUCCCAUGUCCAUACACAGAAGACAAACCUUGCCAGUGUUGCCACUGCUCAUGUGCAGAGCACGCAAAUUGCUGGUGGUGCUGCUGCUCUUGUUCAAAUAACCCUGACUGCAAAUGCAACUGCUGCGGUGGGGAGAAUUCAGCCUGUCAGUACUAUGAAAGCAGAUGCUGCAGAAGCUCUGUCUACAAACCACACCACUCAAGAGCACUAGGGACUGUUCAGUCAAAAGAUGUUUUGUCAAGAUUUAGAACUAGAAGUGAUGCAUCUGUCGUUACACUGGAGAGGAAUGUCUCAGGCCAUGCUUUCCGCGACCAGCUUGCCUGUCCACUGUGUAAACAAUUGUUUCUCCAGCCAUUUAUGCUGCCAUGCAACCACUGCAUUUGUGAGAAGUGUAUAACUAAAAGCAAGAGCAAAGCUGAAGUGACUGAAAAUUUUUUCAUCAUCAUAUGCCCAGUGUGUAGCAAAGCACAUUGCCUCCCCUAUACUAAUAAAAUUCAGCUGAGGAAGAAUUACCUGAGAGCCAAACUAGCCAAGAAAUACAUGCGCAGACAUGGCUUUCUGAGGUGGAGAUUUGACCAUAGUGAAAGACCAGUCUAUUGUCAAACUUGCAGGGAGAGAAAAAGAAAGGCAACCAAAAAAUGUAGGACGUGUGGAAUUAAUUACUGUAAUGAAUGUCUGCAUAUAUAUCAUAUUGAGACUGGUGCUCAAGAUCACAUUUUCACCAGAGCAUAUCAAGAAGAUCAUGAACAGUGGCGCUGCUUAUUGCACCGCAGCUCAAACCUCUCUGAAUACUGUCUGGACGACCAUGAGCUGAUCUGCGAGUUCUGCAAGAACUCACUGCACAAUGAUCACGAUACUAUUCCCCUGACAGUGGCAUGUUCAAGAGAGGCUGCUUCCCUGUUCGACACUAUUGCAAAGUUUAAAAGAGUACGCCACGGGGUUGAUAAUGAUCUCAUGGAAGUUCUCCUGCUAAAAAAUAACUUCAAGACCUACAAGGACACCAAAAGGAAGGAGAUCAGAAAUGGAUUCUUAAAAUUACGUAUGGUUCUUCAUGAACGAGAAAAGGAGAUGAUGGAGUUGCUUGAGAACACUGAACUUAAAAAACAGAAGGACAUUUCAGAAUACAUAAACUAUACAUCCAGCCAGCUCUCAUAUAUGGAUGGCCUUAUUCAGUACUCUAAAGAGGCUCUAAAGGAGGAAAGCCAGGUUGUAUUUCUGCAAUCUGCACACUGCUUGGUGAAAGAAAUAGAAGAUGCAAUUGCUUCCAUUUUCCAACCUAGUCCACGUCUCAGAGAAGACCCCUUAAAAAAACUUCAACUCAACUUUGAUGAACUUCUGAUGAAUUUACGGGGACUUUUCCCAUCCCCUGGCAGAAUGAAGCAGUCAGAUGGCAAAGCAGAAAAGUAUCCCUAUCCUUGUAACUCAGACAUAAUGGUUCCAAGGCAUAUUCCAAGCACUCAUGAAUUCAAGCAAGCAUCAUUGUUCCGAAGCCCAUCUUUAAAUUCCUUGUUUGAUUUAGGACUGGUGACUAAAGAAGCUCUUGGAAGACCAAGCUCUACACCUCCCCAUCGUCCUAAGCCGUGUAAUGAAAUGUGUGCAUAUUGGGAUGCAGCUUGUGAAGCUCCAAAAAAAGAAAGAAAAUAUGAGAAUGUUUCCUUUCCAAGUCCAGAACUGACAGACAAUGAAUCAGUCACAGUCCCAGGAUUUGUUGUUAUCUACCAGACUGUUGUAUACCCAAGAUCUGCCAAAAUUUACUGGACCUGUCCCACAGAAGAUGUGGAUUUCUUUGAGGUAGAGUUUUAUGAAGUUGUUGCUACUGGUCCUGAUAACAUUGUCCAGACACAACUAGCUGGCCAGCUGAGCAAAAUAAAGCAACAGAGCCUUGAGAUUCAACAUCUGGAUCCAAAUACAGAAUAUCUUUUUAAAGUCCGUGCUGUAAAUGCAAGCGGCCCAGGUGAAUGGAGUGACAUCUGUAAGAUAAUCACUCCAGAUGAACAUGGGAAAGUCCAGGGGAGGUGGGGGAUUCGGAGGAGUAUUCAGGGUGCUCUGCAUACAGAUACAUAA